UGCAGCUCCCCCACCUCCGCACCCCUCCACGGUCAAAAGUGAGUUGAGUUGAACCGGGCCCCAAAGCAUGGCCGCCCUACCACAGCACACCGCCACUCCCACUACCACUACCAGUACCAGUACCAGUACCAACGCUUAACCACUCCCCGUCCCCUCCCCCACCUCCCCCCUCCCCCCCCACCAACCAACCACCACCACCACAACUCCAGCACAGCCAGCAAUGACAGACUCAAUCCAGCGCGUCCUCUUCGUCGCGCCCAAAGUCCACAUCUACGCCGUGCCGCCGCUGGCCUCGAAUCAAGGCUACAAGGCCGCGCAAUGGAACGUCGACAACGAGCGCGCCCGCAUCUUUACCGCGCGCAUACGGGUGAUGGAGACUGCCACUGUCGCCCCGGACGCCGAAGACGACGAGGAGACCGUGCGCACAGAUGUCCGCCUCGAGGAUCCCAAGACGGGCGAUCUGUUCGCGAAUUGUCCCUACGAGGGCUCAUUCUGCGUCGAGCAAGUCGUGGACUCCUCACGGUUCUUUGCGAUCCGGGUCGUCGACAGAGCGCGGAAGGCGAUUCUGGGCAUUGGUUUUGAGGACCGCAGCGAUGCGUUCGACUUUGGCGUUGCGCUGCAGGAGGUGCGCAGACAUAUGGAUGCCGCGGCGGCCGCGGCGAGUAAUGGCAAGGGAAAGGGAAUGGGUGCAAAUGGCGCGGAUAAUGGGGCGCGGGACAAGCCCGCGGAGAAGGUUGAUUAUAGCCUCAAGGAGGGGGAGACUAUUAGUAUUACUAUCGGGAAUAAGGGCCGCCGCAGAGCUCCCUCUGCGAAUAAUACUAGCAAUCAAGGCCUGCCGCUACCGUUCCUACCACCCCCGCCGAGCGCCGAAGAUAUCAAGCGGCGGCAGAGCAGGAACUUGACAGAGGAGCCGCCAACAGCAAUGGGCUUCGACGACGAUGCGUUUGGCGAUUUCGUGUAGGAGAGCACGUAUGGCUACUGCUGUUUCUUUCCUGCAUAUAUAUAAACAGCUCAUUCUCUCUCACUCUCUCUUAGAAAUCGGUCGUCAAAUGCGGUAUGUACCUACGUUAUGUUUUUCUUUUCUUUUCUUUUUCAUUGCACACCAUGGACUGGAAUUCUCGACACGAAGAAAACCGGUCAACCGGAGAGCAGAAAUGGUGGGGGGAAGGGUUCCUUGAGGAUUUGGUUGGGGCGUUUCGCGUUUUUGCUGCUUUUGCUGCUUUUUGUGCUUUUGUGCUUUUUGCGCCGUUGGUCGCUGUCAUGAUGGUACGGCUUCUUUGAAAUAUUCCUUCACAUGCUACCAUGUAUGUAUGCAGCUGCCUUUCAGUGUAUUGGUUGGAAUUCCACUACCUACUCGGAAUGAGAACUGCACAGUUU